AUGAGCUCCUCGUACUCGACGACUGUCGUGGCCUCUGGCGCCGUGCUCCUCUCCACGCUAUCGCAACGCGCGACGCACAUCCAGACGCUACUGCAGCAGCACGUGAGCGAGCGUGUACCCUCCAAGUUGCGCGUGAGGUUCGCCCAAGCUGUGCUGGCUGCGCCUUCUGCCGUGGGCUCGAACACCGACGUGCAGGGGCUUGUGACUGUCGUGGGCGACGAGAUCGCGCAGCUCUUGAGCGCGCUUCAGCUCCUGCAGCUCUGGAUCCAGCUACAGGUGCCCAAGGUCGAAGACGGCAACAACUUUGGCGUCGAGGUGCAGAAAUACGCCUAUGUGCACUUGAAAGAGUCGCACGAGAAGUGGCAAAAGACGUGGGACUCGCUCGCCGAGUACUGCUCAUUGCGAGCUACUGCUGUUGAGAAGCUCAACAUGAAAGCGAGCUCCGAGUCGAGCACGACGACGACCGUCACGUCGUCCAAGGGCGGCAAAGACGGCGACGAGGAGAAGAGCGUGACGGCUAAAGUGGAGAAACAGAGCCACACGGGGAGCCAAGUGGCGGCUGAUGCGCUGGCGGCAGUGGUCGAGCUCGAUGUCAAGUGGUACGUGAACUUGGUGCGUGCACUCGAGGGCGUGCGGGACCAAUAUGCCGUGACGGACGACGUCAUCUCGAAGAACAAGGAGAAGAUUGAGCUGCCGCGCGGGAAGAACGAUCGUGCGGGGUUUAAUAUGUUUUAA